AAAGAGCGGCGAAUGUAAACAAUAGCAAAUUUCAGUACCGGAAAAAAUGCAUGCUGCAAACGGUGACUAAACUAAUUCUGCAUAUAAGUAUCCAAAUAGAACAGAACUUUUCCACAUACCAAACUUUUUGGGGCCAAAGUUCGAUAACGCACAAAAAUGGAAGUAACGCUUGCAGCUGGUGAACAAGUGGUGCCGGAAAUCAAAUACGAAUAUUUGGAUCAUACGGCGGAUGUACAACUGCACGCCUGGGGUGAAACAUUACAAGAAGCCUUCGAGCAAUGUGGCAUGGCAAUGUUCGGGUACAUGACCGAGCUGUCCACGGUGGAGAUAAAGAAGUGUUACCAGAUCAAAACGGAUCCGACGGAUGAUGUCGAUAAUCUUUUGUUUCGCUUUCUCGAUGAGCUGUUGUUUCUGUUUUCAGCGGAACCGUUUUUAAUUUGCAAAAAACUGGAGAUAACCAAGUUCGAUUUGGAGCAGUUUACGAUCGAAUGCAACUGCUAUGGCGAAGAGUUCGAUCUCACAAAGCAUCCGCAAGGCACUGAAGUGAAGGCUAUAACGUAUUCGGCAAUGAAAAUUUAUUCAACUCCAGAGCACGAAAAGAAUGAAGUGUUUGUAAUAAUCGAUAUUUGAAUAAAUGUAAGUCGGUCAGCGUACGCUAAAACCAGUAGGGGUGGCAGAAUUUUUAUGUUAAUCGUAAUCAUUUCAUGAUCUACGAGACCAUCAAAUUAUAAGGAUUUUCUGAGGAAGGAAUUGUGCGUUUCAGUGCAAAUAAUUGGGCGAUCGGAAUAAACUGUUGAAAUAGC